AUGGGCCAGUCAGACUAUUUUCUUGGGAUAGAAGUUCAUCAUUUAACAGCGGGUCUUUUACUCACUCGGAGUAAAUAUAUUGAUGAUCACUUGGUGAAGCAAAUAUGGCAAAUUGCAAUGUAUUUAUCCUUAACCAGACCUGAUGUCUCUUAUGCCGUCCACCGUGUCUCUCAAUUUCUCCAUGAGCCAACUGAAAAUCACUGGUCAGCUUGCAAAUGCAUUAUGCGUUAUUUAAAGCAUAAUCAACACUAUGGUCUGUUCCUUCGCCAAUCUUCCACUCCUCACCUUAGUGCUUAUGCUGAUGCAGACUGGGCCUCAAAUCCAGAAGAUCGCAAAUCUGUUUCAGGCUAUGCAAUAUACUUAGGCACCAACCUUGUAUAUUGGUCAACUCGAAAACAGCCCACAGUUGCCCGCUCAUCUACUGAAGCAGAAUAUAGGUCAGUUGGAGCAGCUACAACGGAACUUGUUUGGCUUAAAUCUCUUUUACAAGACAUUGGUUUUUCUUCCUCUAGUUGCUCCACAUUAUGGUGUGACAAUGUCAGAGCAACGAAAUUAGCCAGCAACCCUGUAUUUCAUUCCAGGACCAAACACAUUGAAGUUGAGUUCCACUUUGUUCGUGAUCUUGUAUCUAAGCGACUCGGAUCGAUACAUUGCAUCUAA